AACACAUUAAGUGAUAAGAUACGAGCCGCGAUGUGACGAAUUAUAUUGCAGACGCAGCGUUAUUCUUCACACUUCAUUCAAAGCGACUGAUGUGACUUAUUUCCCCACCAUUUGUUAGCAGGACCGUGGUCAGUAAGAGUAUUGCAGUGGGAUAGGGACAGUGUUGCGUAAAAAUAAUACCGACUGUUAAACUGACCACGUUAGAAAUACAGAACAACUUUAUUUGCGACGGAAGAAUGGUCUUCCAUUAUGUAGGAGUAGGCCUACUUGUGCUACUGGAUUCGCUGUCUCGGCGUGUUUUAGCGAAAAUGAACUGUCGGCAGGAACAACUUGGCGUAACGGUGAUAAUAAAAUGUCCACCAGAUAAUCAUUUGCGUCUGAGUCAUUGUUGCAACGACAAUGGCAAAAUUGUGUGCUGUUCAUACGAAGAUUAUAUCCACCGUGAAAAGGGACAAAGUGAUGAGGCAGUGGUAUUGCUUGUGGCGGCUGGACUCAUUGUGAUAAUUAUUGUUACGGCUCUUUGCUAUAUUCGUUGGCACAGCAACUUUUCAAAAUCGAAUUCUUCCGAACCCUCUGAUACGUCUACCAAUAAUUCGCAGUCAAUCACGUCAGCGAGAAAUAACAAUCAAGACAAUCUGUCUUCUCAGACAACUGCUCAAAGGGCAGCACGUCCCUGUCGUUACGCCGAAGUACUGAAAUCAAUUUUAGAAGAAGACCAGAAAAAGAUCGCCUCACCGAAAAAGUAUGCUAAGAAGCAGUUAACAAGAAUGAAAUAAAUAUAUUUUUGUUUUCGAUACUGAGAUAUCCUAUGAAACUAAUAAGGGUGACUUGAACUCCACGGCAUACUGCAUUUUCUUGCUGUUCCAAAUAAUAAACUGGAAAGUAAUUUUGAAAACAUCUGAAAACGACAAUUUUAUAUUAUUAAUUAAAAAUUAUUGAUAGGGUUUUUUAUAAAGUACAAGCCGGAAUAACCGGGACGCUAAAGUGACUAUAUAGGCUAUGUUCUUCUGACAUUCGCUGUUCGA